GUUGCCCAGGUGGAGACUGCUCUGGACGCCUCCCAGGGUCCAGCGGACGGCAACACCUGCCACAGCGCGAGGCACAAAGGGUGCACUACAGGAAGGAGUGGGGGCAGAGACCGAGGCGAGGAGGGGACCGCCCAACUGUCUCUCCCCUGCGUGUGCUGCACCUUCGCACUCCGAGCAUCGCCUCCCCUUGAGAGCCUGAUCCAAGGCGGGGGCUGGACGCGUGGGCCCCUCUCUUUGGCCUCCCUGACGUCCCUGGCCUCCUGCAGGAGCAGAGAUGCGGCCAAGUGUCGCGGCCGCGGUGGCCGCGGGGCUGUGGGUCCUGUGCACGGUGGGUGCGGCGGCCCCCCGGCGCUGCCUGCUCUCGCACUACCGCUCGCUGGAGCCCCGGACGCUGUCGGCGGCCAAGGCGCUGAGGGACCGCUACGAGGAAGAGGCGCUGAGCUGGGGACCGCGCAACUGCUCCUUCCACCCCAGGAGGGAUCCUCCGCGGCCGUCGCUCGAGCUGGCCCGGCCCGGCUCCUCCAGGAAGGUCCCCGGGGCCCCGAGGAGGCGUCACAAGCCGCGGAGAGCUGACUCGCCUCGGUGCCGCGAAGCCCGCGUGGUCUUCAACCUCCUGCGCCUGCUCACGUGGGAGCUCCGGCUGGCGGCGCACUCGGGGCCUUGCCUCUGACCCCGCCCCUUCCGCCAGCCCCGAAACCUCCACGCCAUUGGCUGCCGAAAGUGGCCCCUUUCGCCCAUUGGCCCGACCAGGGGAGGCUCUCAGCCAAUAGGCACUGAGGCACGAGAACUUCUCUGCCAUCUUGGGCCUGACUUGGAUCCUCUGUCUCGGUUACAAGAAGCGCGGGUCCUUCCUCCAGGGAAGAGAGCGCCGUUCCCCAGGAAGCAGCGAUGUUUCCUUGGGGUGCAUUGUACGAUCCCCCAAGGGCCGCUGUAGCAGGAAGAGACUUGAGCUCUGGAAACCGUGGCUGACCCCAGGCACGGCACCAGUUCCUCCUCGUGUGGUUACCAGGACACCCCCAAACCCGGGACCCAACCCUGGUUUUGUAGCCCCACAGCCAGCUUUGGGAUUCUGUGAAUCCGUGACUCUUGGAUCCGGCAUCUGGGGGGUACCAUUCCCUGAGGGAUUUGGUAGUGAAAUCCAAGAAUCCUUACCUGACUGUAGUUGUUUAGAUUCCCUGACCUAUGUUGUUUGUAGUUGUGAAAUUCCUGUGUAUUUGCUCUUCUGUCUCCUGGUUUAAAUUGACUGCAGUUAUUAAAGAGUGUUUUGAUUGCAUUGGUUGUUUUCCGUAGGAUGGUUCUGAGGGGCACCUUACAGCAAAAACAGUGGCUGAGCCAGGGACUCGGGUGGCCUGAGUUUCAGUUCUCACCCUGCCAGUUAAUUCCAGUGUAAUGCAGGACAAAUUGUUUUCUGAGCCUGUGUUUCCUCACCUAUAGGAUGGGUUAGUAUACUUGCCUUGUGGAGGAGUAGUGUACGUUGAGAUCACGUU